AUGGACAACAAUCGUAGCACGAUUCCAAUUGCAGGAUAUCAUAUAAGAUGGAGAUGUAGUUUAGUAUUUCUCUGCUUAGGACACAACACACAAACACUGUUUGAUGCAAGUGUAAGUGACAUAGAAGCAGAAAAUAUUAUCAUAGCAUCGUUACAAUCGUCGAAUCAACGGAGGGAUGGCACAACAUCGGAUCAUCAACCGCCGACAGGCACAAAGUGA